UUAAAAACUCGCGCAAACCUAGGAAAACGCCCCAUUCUGCGAAAAAGGAAGUCCAGCGAAGAAAGAAGAAGAGGAGGAGGAGAAUGAUGGCGUCGCUCACAAAUUCUGCAAUUUGGGAUGAAAUCGAGAAAUCGGAGAGUUAUCUUGUUUGUUGUAUGUUUGAGGAGGAAAUCACUUUGUCUUCUUCUGUUGUUCAACGACUAUGCAAAGCUGAUUACUCCUAGACAAUACAAGAUACUGAGUUGGUGGACAUGUUGGAAUCAGCUGGGCCGGUAUAUGUUCAAUCUCUUAAAGAGUUGGGAAGGGCAUGCAUUUAUUGUUUUUGGGCAGGUCAUGCUUUCUGAUAUCAGAUGAAUCAAUUUCUGACCUUCCUGAAUUGCUCAAAGACUUUCUUGGAAAGUGGAGGUUGAUGGAUGAUGAGGGUCAGCAGUAUGUUCUUGCUAAUGCGGAAAACUCAAAUGGGGCUUAUUUAAAAGGAUUUGAUGGCCGUUGUGUCCUGGAGAGUGCAAAGUACUUGGAGGUUGCGGAGAUCUCUGUAACACUUGUUGGGAAGGUUUUAAAUGAUACUGAUCAUGCAAUUGCUUGGGUGGAGCAAGCCGACUUGCCCGCAGGAAAUCGUCAAGAUCUUCUGAGGAGAUUAUGUUCUUUAUAUUCUCUAAAAGCUACCAAGUCAUCCCAAGAUGUGGAAACACCCAUGUACGAGACACACACUGAUUCUGGCCAAGAUACCAUAUCUGGAGUUGAACAAGCGUCAUCAGUAACAUCAAAAGUUUCCCCCUCACUUAAUGGCAGGGACAGUGUUAAUAAAGAAUCCAUUUUAAAACUAAGCAAACGAGUAGAACCUUGUUUCUGGUGGUUCCGUACUGUCACUCUGAAAUUUGGCGAUGCUCGGUUGGUCAUUUCUCAUGGAAAAAUUGUGCUCUGGGGUUCAUUUGUCUUAUUCAUAUUUUAUGUUCUUCGGAAGAAACAAGCUACUUUAAAAGGGUAAGGUUCUCUUUUUCAAGCCACUCCAUCUGCAUUUCCGUCACGGAAUUGAUGCUCCUAACUGAAGGGAUAUGUGUAUUCCUAAUAGGAACUAUUCGUAUUGGUCUUUCAUCAUUUCAGGAUUCGUUAGUAAACAAGCUUCAUCAGUGAAUAUUGAUUCAAUGUCUCGUCCGUUUUUCCAUUAGUUGGAAAGUGUGUCACAUUUUUACUAUGUACAUUCGAUUUAUUUUUUUACUAUGUACAUGACUUGCACCUGCAAGUGGAAGUUUGAUAAACCAUUGGCAUCAAAAGGAUUUCCAAAUGGGUUUAGUUUCCA